AUGAAGGAAAGGCAGUGUGAGGCCAAGUAUGUUGAUGUCUUUUAGGCUGAGCUUCUGGAUGCAGCUGCUGGCAUCCACGUACGAUUCAGAUUAGGUGGGGUGAAGUUUCCACCUGAAAUAUACUAUAAAAUUUAUACUCACAGACACGUUGAAGACUUGUGUGCUAACAGCCCUAGAGAUUACACAAAACUUGUGGCAAAACACCUGUCUCACAACAAAAAUAAUAGAAUUCAGGACACAGAUCGGAGUGGCUGGUACCGGCGUGUGGAAAACAAUGGAUGGAGGCCUGUCUCUGAAAGAUUUUGGUUACCAACAGACAAUGAGAUCGUGGAAAGCCAAAAGGAAACAGAAUUCCAUUUCUCUAAGCUGAAGAGAAGGCAGGAUAUAGAAAAGAAAAGGAAGAUUAAAAAGAUAGAAUGGAUGAAACAGAUGUACUACACUGGAACCCUGGCUGCCAAGACUUCUAAUUAUGAAACCAUAGAUUUAAUUCACACAGCCACUGAAGGACUAAUAAGAACAAUUGAGGAGGGUGGGGUAGAUUCUGUGAUGGAGUGGGAGGUGGAUGAAGUACUGAACUGGACCAACACACUCAACUUUGAUGAGUAUAUUGCCAAUUGGAAGCAAAUUGCUACAAGCAACUCAUCAGUUAACUUCCAGGGCUUCCGUUUUGAUCAAACUCUGGAAAAUCUUAACCAAUAUGAAGAUAUUCCAAAGGCCCAAAGGAAAGCACCAUAUGAUAAUGUUUAUGGAAAGCCAAUUGAUACUAGAAUAACUUAUGGAGUAGAGAUAUAA